AUGUAUUUAUGUCAACUUUUUACCUGCUACAGUUUUGAUCAGUUAAUAACGCUUCCAACAAGAAUCAGUGUUGAAAAGCAAUCAAUCAUCGACUGCUUUUUCACAAACUUUCCGCAACAGGUUUUAGACAAUCCUGAAGAUGCACUUAAACACUUCAUAAGCCAAGCUCCAAAUUUGAUGAAAGAUUUUACGAAAAAUUCUGAAUGGAAGCAAACAAUGCACCAUAAACUUUCAAAUUCCUUUUUUUGUCUUGAUAUCUCAUUUGAAGAAGUUGUCGAGACGGCAAAAAGAAAAAUGGCGAAAGCACUUGGCGUUAUCAACAAAUUUAGAUUUAACGUUCCAAGAAGAACGUUAAACAUGCUCUAUAACGCCAUAUGCGUACCGUACAUCUCUUACUGCAACAUAGUCUGGGCUGGUACCUAUCGCACGAUCACCGAUCCGAUCCGAUUAAUAAUGAAGAGGGCAGUGAAUGCCUACUUCACGGCUAAUUUUGUCUACAAACAGCUGACAAACAAGUUACCAUCAAUAUUCAAUCAUUACUACUCUUGCAGCAACAACAAGAGACAAAAUUACAUUAGAUCAAAUUCAUCAAAAACAAACAUUCUCUUCUUCCACGUAUAUUGCAGAGGACCAAGAAUUUGGAAUUUGCUAUUAAAGAACAAUUUUAAAAUUGACUCAAUGGUGGCUGUGCAAGAUGAGCUCAUCACGAGCUCGAUCAUAGUCAUCCUGCCUUCUUGA